AUGGUGUGGCAGGCGCUUCUCACAGACAAGGUAGCCAUUACGCAUGAAUUCAGAUUCAAGUGUAGCCGCCAAAACGGCGACAACACAAUCGACACGUGGGUGUUGAUGAGUGCCUUCCCCGAACGAGACGAAGAAGGCAACCUCAAGAGCAUUUUCGGCUGCAUCACGGACAUCUCGUCGCAGAAGUGGGCCGAGGCCUUCCAGAUGCAGCGCAGAGAAGAAGCCGUCGAGCUCAAGCGCCAACAGGAGAACUUCAUUGACAUCACGAGCCACGAGAUGCGCAACCCUCUGAGUGCCAUCUUGCAAUGUGCUGAUGAGAUUGCAAACACGACGGCCCGCUAUCGUGAGCAUCCAGAUGCUCAACCCGUACAGACGCUCCUCGAUGUCUGCACUGAAGCUGCGAACACGAUCAAUCUCUGCGCCAGUCACCAGCACCGCAUCGUCGACGACAUCCUGACACUUUCCAAAUUAGAUUCGCAGCUUCUUCUCGUUACGCCGGUCGACGCGCACCCUGUCAAUAUCGUCGAGAACGUCCUCAAAAUGUUUGAGGCCGAGGUUCAGGCGCACGACAUUGAGCUCCAGUUCAGUACGCUGUCCGCCUACACCGACUACGGCAUUGAUUGGGUCAGGCUUGACCCUUCACGACUACGACAAGUACUGAUCAACUUAAUGACUAAUGCUAUAAAAUUCACACAAAACCGCCAAGAGCGCCGCAUUUCCAUAACCUUGACGGCGUCUCGAGACCUUUCCGAGGUUAAGGAAAACUCGUUGUACUUCCCCAGCCGCAGGAGUGAUCUUCGCAACCUGACUAGCGACAAGGACUGGGGCGAUGGCGACGAGAUGAACCUGCACUUCUCUGUCCAAGAUACAGGCCCCGGGUUGCGGGAAGAGGAGAAGAAGAUUCUGUUCCAAAGGUUCUCCCAAGCAUCACCACGCACACAUGUGCAGUAUGGCGGCUCCGGGCUCGGGCUCUUCAUCUCUCGCAUGCUCACCGAGCUGCAAGGCGGCCAGAUUGGUGUGGUUUCAAAAGAGGGUCUCGGUAGCACCUUUUCAUUCUUCAUCAAGUGUCGCAAAGCAGCCAUGCCCGCGGAGGAGUCGAGCGUGGCGGCGAAUCGCGUAGCCCGGCCAGGCAGGGUCUCGACGCCCACGACCCCUCCACCGCCGACAAGAAUGAUCCGCCGUCCGUCUCACCGUCCGGCAGCGGACGCUUCGCAACCGCCGGGCCCAACACCCUCUAAGACAGGCCAUGAUGUGCUCAUCGUCGAAGACAACAUUGUCAACCAAAAGGUCUUACAACGGCAGCUGAAGAAUUGCGGCAACGUCACGCAUGUGGCUAACCACGGCGGUGAAGCUCUGGACGCCUUGAAAAAGUGCCGCUUCUGGACAGGCAAGGAGAGCGAGGGUUACCAUCUGAGCGUCAUCCUGAUGGACCUCGAAAUGCCCGUCAUGGACGGCAUGACGUGUGCCAGGCGGAUCCGUGAGCUGGAGCGAGAAGGCGUGCUCAUCGACCACAUCCCCAUUAUUGCUGUCACGGCAUACGCUCGGCCUGAGCAGAUCGAGGAUGCAAAGGCUGCGGGCAUUGAUGAUGUGAUAUCAAAACCGUUCAGGAUACCGGGCCUGACGGCCAAGAUGAACGAGCUUGUUUCCAAGUACAGCAAGCUAACCGUGAACAACUGA